AUCUUGAUCUUGUUUUCUUGAGAUUUCUCAUAGAUUGACAAGCUCAUGAAGAGUCUUGUCGAGUAGGAGAAUUUGAUCAUACAUAUAUAUAUAUAUAUUAUAUUUAGAGAGAUCUAUCGAGGUGUGUGAAGAUGAUGUACGAGCAUCAGCAUGUUGGGAUUAGUGAUAAUAAGGGGAGGCAGAUGAGAUUAGAUGAUUCCGAUCAUGAUUCCUCCACUAAGCUCGAGAUCGUGGAUUUGAGUGGUUUGUCUUUGGAUUCACUCCCUAAUCCCCCUCUCAAUUUGGCCACCAUCUGCAAAUUAGACCUCUCCAACAACAAUCUCCAGAACAUUCCAGAAUCGUUGACAGCGCGGCUCCUAAACGUGAUCGUGCUGGACGUGCACUCCAACCAGCUCAAGUGCCUCCCAAACUCCAUCGGAUGUCUCUCGAAACUCAAGAUCUUGAACGUCUCCGGCAAUCUUCUUCAGCAGCUUCCUAGAACCAUCGACAACUGCAGAUCCCUUCAAGAGUUGAACGCCAACUUCAACAAGCUCCGGCAGCUCCCGGACAACAUUGGCUUCGAGCUCGUAAACCUGAGAAAGCUAUCGGUGAACUCAAACAAGCUGGUUUUCCUACCAAACUCGACCUCCCACCUGAGCAACCUCCGGGUGCUGGACGCCCGCCUCAACUGCCUCCGCUCGUUACCGGAGGACCUCGAGAACCUCGUAAACCUCCAGAUUCUCAACGUGAGCCAGAACUUCCAGUACCUGGGCAGCCUCCCCUACUCGAUCGGGCUCCUGAUGUCGCUGGUGGAGCUGGACGUGAGCUACAACAAGAUCACGGCCCUCCCGGACUCCAUCGGGUGCCUGAAGAAGCUGCAGAAGCUGAGCGUGGAGGGGAACCCGCUGGUGUCGCCGCCGCAGGAGGUGAUGGAGCAGGGGCUGCACGUGGUGAAGCAGUACCUCUGCGACAACAUCAACGGGACGUCGCACAAGCAGUCGAACAAGAAGAAUUCGUGGCUGGGGAAGCUGGCCAAGUGCGGGACCUUCAGCGGGAGCGUCAAGAUUCCGGAUAGGGAAGCCUACAUAAUUCCGAGUUAUCGCCCCAUCGACGGCCUAGCCUCGCCCAGAUAUAUGGGGAUGUUCUCACCAAAGCGACUCUUCUCUCCCAAGUCCUACUUCUCCAGAUGAUGAUUCUGUGUUUCCUCGCUUUUUAAUUUGUCAUUCAUGCCUCAUCAAUUUUGAGUUCUGUUGUCGUGUUUUUGUAAAAUAGAUGUGCGUGUAAUGUAAAUUAUUGCAUGAGUUUGUAGCGCCGCUGCUCCUCGCGCGGCCUUGUUUCGGAGAUUUGAGUAAAUUAAAUAAAACCAAUCUAGUCUUGCGCCAA